AUGACGUAUAUAUACGUCGACAGUGGUGAAAGGGUUAACAAGGUUGCGGAAGCCGUUGAGUGGAUUUUGCAUCACCAGUUCGCCAUUCCGAUCAUCAUGCAUUAUUUAGACGACUACCUCUCUGUGUCCGCGCCUUUCUUGUCCCUCGCGUCCAAGCAACGCUCUAUUAUUGAAGAAGCCUUCACAUACCUCGGCGUUCCCCUGGCGUUGGAGAAGCUGGAGGGCCCUGUGACGGAGUUGACAUUCCUUGGCAUCACGUUGAAUUCUGAGCGGUUCGAAGCUCGCCUACCGGAUGAUAAGCUAGCCGAUAUUAAACAACUCGUCCUCGAUGCUAGCUCAACUCGCUCUAUCCCCACAGCGAAGUUCGUCUCUCUAUUGGGCAAGCUCUCUUUUGCUGCGCAGGUGAUUGUUCCGGGCCGCACGUUUAUGCGCAGAUUAUGGGACACCGCUAAGAAGUUCAGCAAGGUACCUCGGCAUUACCGCAUUACCUUGAGCGGCGAUUGUCGUAAGGACCUUCUGUGGUGGCAGGAGUUCUUAGCUAGUUGGAAUGGCAAGUCGUUCUUCCUGUACCAAGCCGAGACUUCCAGUACCGACUUAGGUCUAUACACUGAUGCUAGUGGCACCCUUGGAUGGGGCGCCUAUUAUGCCAACGAGGGCAGGUGGAUGUUCAGCCGCUGGGAGCAAGACACCAUGGACCUGUCCAUAGAGUACAAGGAACUGUAUCCUAUUCUCGUUGCGUGUGCCACGUGGGGACAUAUGUGGUGCCGGCUUCGCAUAGCGUUCCACUGCGACAAUCAGGCCGUGGUUGAUUGCUUGGCUUCGGGCACGUCAAAGUCUCCACCUGUGAUGGCCCUCAUCCGCAAACUGUUCUUUGUGUGUGCGAGGCAUAACUUCUGUGUCGUAGCCCGUCAUGUGCCUGGCAAGUCUAAUGCAAUUGCGGAUGCUCUCUCUCGUUUUAAACUGCAGGAAUUUCGGAUGCUCGCCCCGCGGGCUCGACAGGGCCCGGACACGCCAGUGCCCCUUCCCUCCUGGGACUAA